UCCUUGCACUUAAGCAAGAAUGGCACCUGCAAUCACAUCGCUGAGGGCACCACUGGAAGACAAAAAUAUAUGUUCCAAAUUGAGAAAACCAUUGGUGGAGAAAAUGCGCAGAGAUCGCAUGAACAAAAGCAUCGAGCAGCUGGGCAGGCUCCUGACGAGUGAGGGUCAGAUACAGAAGUCCGACUCGAGGAUGGAGAAGGCGGACAUCCUAGAAUUGGCCGUGAGCUACCUAAACGAAUCUCGCACCAUCCUUGCUUCCCGGCGAAGAAUGGAAGAAGAAGGCUACGUACAGUGUGCCCGAGAGAUCGUGCGAUUCCUUUGUAGAGACGAAGUGACUACCGAAUCGCACAGAAAACUGCUGGAUCAUUUUGAAAAUACCCGGCGGUAUCCCGAGACUUCGCAGAAAAACCUGCCAGAAGAGGAGAUCCCGGAGAAAGAGAGAGUGGCGCAAAGUAACAUACACCUCUGGAGACCUUGGUAGAGCAAAGAGGUGGAAAUGAGCAGAAAGACUGUUCCACAGUAGAGGACAUUUCUCUUUUAAGUUCCGUGGACUUUGCUUUGCCAUCAGAGCAUUUCUGUUACUUCAAUGAAAGUAUACUUUUUUUAGUACACACGUAGGUGUGUUGGUCAUAUGUUUAAAUGUUGAAUCUUCUGUGAAGAAAGAGUGUAACUGCAAGAGGUGGACGCUAUUGCAAAUAUUGAUUACUUUUUUCUAAAGAAAAGUUCUGAAUAUAAUAAAACUGCAACAAGCUGUUAGUAGAAGACUGCAGUUCCAAAUAUGUAUUAUUUUAUUUUAAGAAAUGUUCAUUAACCUCUAUAGGUGAAUAUGUGACUCUUAGAAGAGACGCGCCUCCCAGUAGCUCAUUACGAGCAAAUUUUACGAAUUUAUUAUUAAAUUCUUGUUUUAAGAAAGGUUUCUAAUUUGGAGUUAUUGAUACUCCUUUAUAACACUGUUAAUUGUAGUGUGUAUCACACUGUA